GAGGUUUUCCAUUACGCUGUGUCAAAGUGAACUGUAUGCUUGCUGGGAAACCAUAAAGUAUGGUGUCUAACCUUUAUUAAAUUAUUUAAACCAAUACUUUGCCAGAAUAUGUCGCAUUUUUAUAAAGAUUUGAAUUAACAUGACGUGUGCGGGAGAAGAUGCCUUGGGAGGUUCGGGAACUACAGCAGUUAUCAGUGUGGAGACGAUCCAAGAUAUUGUCCUCAAAUCGGAGGUAGAAGGAAAAUUCGACGAGAGAGCAGGCAAACGAAUUCACGAUCGUAUUGCUGCCGUCAACACUCUUCGUUUGGAGUUCAGAGGUAUCAUAUGUAUAGACAGUCUAUGGAUGCUUACUAAUUUAACGGAGCUCUACUUGAACAACAAUAGUAUCCAAAAAAUUGAGAAUAUAGAGAACCUUGUCAAUUUGACGAAAUUAGAUCUGAGCUUCAAUCAGAUUAAAAAAAUUGAGAAUCUAGAGGAGCAAAUUAAACUGUCAAAACUUUCACUUUCUUACAAUCAAAUAUCAAAACUAGAGAAUCUUGACAACUGCCCCCAGUUGAAGGUCCUGGUUUGCAGUAACAACUUACUCGCAGAUUUGGAUGACAUUCAAUAUUUGCGUAAGUUCGAACACUUAAGAACUUUGACAAUGAUCGGGAACCCUUUCUCGAAUGCUGGCAGUUUCGUCGACCACGUGGCUAAAGAAUUACCGCAGUUGGUUUAUCUCAAUUUCCAAAUGUUGCGGACGAAGGAUGGCAAAGACUCUCGACUUCUUCUAGUUCAAAGAAAAUUCGCCGAUGAUAUGUCGAAAGUGAGUCAUCACAUUAAAUUUGAAGGAAAAAUAUACGAGAGUGAGCUAGAACUGCAUACAGAUGCUUUUGUUGAGUAUUUAGAGGACCACCAGCUUUUUGAUUCUUUUGGUUUAUCAAAUGAUCUAAGAGAAAUAUACGUCGAGACAACAGAAACACAAAUCCACUGCGACAAGUUUCAGUCGGCUGUUUUCGAGUGCACGCAUCAAAUUUUUGAACUUGGACUUAAACAGCUGUCUCUUCGAAUUCAAGAGUUGAAUGACUACAAUGAGUCAAUGACCAAAAUUGAACAAGAUUUCGCUUCUACGAGUAGCGGACUUAUUGAUCAGUUCGGGGAGGAGAAGAACACCAUAUUUUCCGACCUAAAGAAACACAUGAAUAAAAUGUCGAGGCACAAAAAUGAGGAAGUAUUGGGGGAGCUGAAGAAGUUGCAGGAUACUUUUGAAACCCACUUGCAGAAAAUAUGGUUUGAGUUGAUGCGCCUUGAAGAUAUUCGCAGCAUUCAAAUAAAGGAUCUGCUAGGAGUCCUCAAGCAAAACAUUCAAUCAAUCGUGAAAGAUUUCACUCACAAUGCAAAAGGUUAUUUCAGCCAAAUCAGAGAACACGUAAACUAUUUCAUACUGCUGUUAAAGGACCACGUUCAAACCCACUCAGCACUAAAUGAAACGGAGGCCUACAAUCAAAUCUCAGAACAGGCUGAAGCGAUUUUGGAGCGGUUAAAUAUUGCGAAGGAAAUGAUGUACAAUGUUAUCGACAAGAGAGAAGAUACUUUGAUUAUUUCUGCUUGGGAUUGGUACGAUGACCUCUUCCAACAGCUCGAACAGAAAGAAUUCGCUCGAAGCAGGAACAUGAUACUACAAAUAAAUACCUUCUCCGACUUCCAGCUGGUCGAGCUGUCUGCAGAGCUGUCAAACACGGCUCCCCAAGAACAAACGGAAUUUUCAUUCUCUGAGCUUCAAAUGAUCAAGGAUCUUUCUCAAAUUGUGUGAUAAAGCAGUGUCAAUAAAAUAGUAUUUUCUGAA